ACUGAGCCUUCACCUCCGUUCACGAUAGACUGCCGCUCCUUUGCGCUCUUUCCUUCCCUCUUUCUGGAGUUUCGCCUUGCAGUCUUUCGGAGUAACGCGCCUUGCCCGCCCCGCCUGCCCUUUCAAGAGCACAGCCGGGUCAGGUUACAUUGUGCUGUCUCUUCCCUCGGUUUCCCUUCAGCGUCCGCUUUCUUCGCCCGACCGUUCCGACGCUUCGUGAAUCAUGAGCAGCCGUCAGACAAAGGUGUCUACGUCCGAGCUCAAGCUCCGUAGGCUCGCAGAGCACAAUCAGCGAUUGAAGGAGGACCUUGCGAGACCUCGUAUACGGGUAAGCGAAGCCAGUGUCAGCUUGAUUCGUUAUUGCAAAACGACGAAGGAUUACCUUGUGCCAUCGGUGUGGGGACCUGUCAGCAAGGCUGAGGAUCCAUUUGGCGAACCACAAUCGGGAUCCGGGUGUUGUCUUGUCAUGUAGGACACACUCGCCCACGGUUCGUCAUCCAUCCCGCUAUGUGUAUCGAGAGACGAAGUCUCUUGCAGAUGAAACAAAAGCUGAGGAGCCCCAGCAACAGACUAUCUAAUCAGUCUCUCCCGCCGCGUAUGCCCUCGCGCUCCUUGAUGCGUUC